AUGGCUCUGUCGGACAUGGAAGUGGAUCUAGAGGACAAAAGUUCGUCGGAUACAUCGGACUGUGCAGCACCGAUUCUUCCAAAGUCCGAAAAGUGGUUACCCGCCGAAGAACAAUCCGAGGAAGGACAUGACAUCGCCAUGUUUAACUGCUGGGAGAAGAUUGAUGAACUCAUUGCACAGCGAAACCUAGGAAGUCGCAGAAAAUCAAUGGUCAUGUCUCUUACGCCAAAGGUCUUCGAGUGCGAAGAUAGCGUUCUUGACCCAGCAAUCAAAGCACACAUCUCAACAUUAUACGCGGCAGUCGACAAUAAAGAAACCUUGGACAUCUGGGGGUCUCAUUUUUCAGAAGAUGCCGAGCUGAAGAAAGGACCAGUCCACGUCAAAGGACGAGAAAACCUCAUCGCAGCUACAACAAAGUCGUGGAGCGUUGUUAAGAGUCGGGAGCACAUUGUUUACAAAGUUUUUCCCUUUGGUCCGAAUUGCGAUGAGGUGAUGCUCCACGGCAGGAGCCGUAACGUAACACUAGAAGAUGAGAAGGUUACUUUUACUUGGGCAGCUAGGAUGCACUUCAGGAGAAGCCCUGACGGCAAAGUUGAGAUUGACAAGUAUACAAUCAUUGUAGACAACAACCCACCCCCUGAGUAA